UUUUUUAUGCAUUUAAACUUUUGUCAUUUUAUUUGACGACUUUGUGAUGCAAAAACUAUAACAAAAACUUGCUGUUUGUAUAAAUAACUUUUAAAUGUUCAAAAUAGAACUAGUAAUGAGUUAAACAAGGCAACUAGUUUUCAUAAAAGCAUUAACAUUAGGCAAAUUAUGCCAUAUUUCGGUGACGACAAUGACUGUGACUGGUUGUACAUAAUCUUAAAUGGAUUUAAAUGCCAUUCAUCAUACCCUCUAACUCCGCCGUUGAGCGGUAUCAAAACAGCAUUAAAGCCGCGAGGGAGCGCAUAUGAGUUGGUAAAUAAGAAUUAAAAACGCUGAUAAAGCGAGCCGAAUGGAACGCCGGCUGCUCCUGCAAUUCGCAGGGGUUCGUAGGUUUAGUUUGGUUCAAUUUGGGACUGCCAGUGGAACUGGGUAGAAAUGUCUCAGUUGGAACUGCGUUUCAACCCCCGUUCGCUGAGCAGGAGCAGAUGUUUCUGGGUCUGCUGCUCGCUGCUUUCUGCUCUACCCGGCCUAAUGGAACGCGCCAAACACAGUCGGUCAUUGUACGGGUGUCUUAUGUACAGGCAAAUGUGUAAAUGUGUUUCGGGGAGGGGAGAGGGAGGAGGAGGGGGGCGGGGCACGAUCCACUCGACUGCGCGCCGGCGCAGGAAGUGGAGGAAGUUGAGGAGCUGCCGGCUGGAACGGCUCUCCAGAUCAGUCGAGUCGCAGUUGCCGAGGCGAACGGAUCGCAGAUCUUGAGAACGCGGAGUGAGAAGUGCCACGAACUAAGAACCAAGAAACUAUAAGAAACACCCCUAAAGGCUGUGGACUAACCACCAGUACCCCAGAACACCAGUUCACCAGUACAGUGCCACCAUGUCGCAGCACAACUACACGAACCCGGCCUUCUGCCAGAACAGCGAGUUCUACCCGGUGCCCAGCAGCAACUCCUCGCGAGUGGAUUCCAUCUACAACCGCAGUCUCCAGAUGAACUUCGCGGCAGCUGCCCCGCGAUCCGGACAUGCCACGCCCCCUAGGGAUCCCCGCGAGGGUCCCCUGCGGAUGCAGCGUAGCAUGUCCACGCGAUCGGUGACGCGGAAACAAUACCAGCAGCAGCAACACCAGCAACAGCAGCAACAGCAACAGCAGCAGCAACAUCAAGCUAAACAGCAGCAAUACCAGGCCAACCAGCAGCAAUCCUCGAGUGGCCGCUACGCCUUGGUUCCCCUGGAGGAGCUGAACAGCAGCAGGGCCAACAGAUACGCUAUAGUUCCCGGACAGGCAGCCCAGAGAUUGGCCAGAUCGCAGGACAACCUCGACCGCUACAGCUCCAGACAUGGAUUGCACGAGGAGGAGGAGCCGCACUCCUUCCACGAGGAGCCCCACCAGGAAACCCAGUUCGCCAGCCUGCCUCCCUCUCUAAAUAUUCCCCCCAAGCCAAGGAGCAACAUCAACAACAACAACAACCAGAAUCCCAACCAAACCCAGAUCAAGCACGCCUUCAGCAGCGACUUCGGGAGCAAGACCUUCCUGAUCGUGGACAAGAACAGCAACCAGCGGUACCAGAUGGUGCCCACCGCCGAGGACGAGGAGCUGGUGGACGAGAACCAGGAGAUCAUCCAGAUGCACAACGGCAGGGCGCACCGGUACGCAGUGGUGCCCACGGAUGCGGAUGAUGAUGAGUUGGUGGAGGAGCAGGAGCAGCAGGAGACCUGCCUGAGCAACGUGGAGCUGAGCCAGCAGUACGCGGCCAGGACCUCCACUCCGCAGCAGAGGAACGCGGCGGCUGCCACGAGGGCGCUGCACGAGCUGCUGACCACGCCCCGCAAGAUGCAGCCGCCCCCGCGCCUCGCCCACUCCACGCCCCGCAACGCCGCCCACCACGAGCAGCUGCAGAUCGAGCGGCGGCUGGAGAUCUACAAGAGCCAGCAGAUCUACCAGAGCCAGCAGGCCAACCCGGUGCCGCCCAGCCUGCCCCUCCGGCAGAACAGGCUCUCCCCGCAGCGGCUCCACUACGAGACGGUGAAGCCGCUGCCCCUGCAGCUGGCGGACCGCUCCAUGGCCGUGAUCAGCCCGCGGGUGCAGGAGCAGGAGCAGGAGAGGGAGCAGGAUAUGAGCAGCAUCCAAGGAAAGGGCAAGAACAACAACUCGUACCCCCAGAAGAUGGCCAACGCCACCAUCACCCUGGCCGUCGUCUCCCUGAUGCUCGUUUUGAGCAGCACCAUGAACGCCGGACUCAUCGUCUACAUGAUUGCCCACUUUGGGAAAUUCUUUUAUCUGCAGUUUGGCUUGGUGGCCUCCUUUUGUGGAAUGGGACUUGGCUUCCUGGGAUUCAAGUCGCGCCACUGCGACUGGCUGCCGAACCGGAGUUACAGUUCCGGAUACAUUUUGGUGACUGUGUUCUGUCUCUUCAAGUCCUGUGGACUCCUGGUGAUCCUCGUGGUGGAUCCCUUCCCCGGAUUCCCCGUUCACGAUGUAACUACUGGAAUCAUCCUGGGCCUCUCGACCUUCACCAUGUUCUUCAUCGGACUGGGAGUCCUAGGAAGUAUGUGGUGCCACCGACCACCGCCGGAUAACCGCGUCAACGUGGUUUAAAUUAUAUGAUAUAUUUACUCUAAGCAUCAAUUUAGUUGUACACCAUCCACUUCGACUUCAAGAACUUGACACACCGAACGGCUAAAAGACCAAAAAGAAAGCAUUAGAUUUAUAAUCAGAGGAAGAUCAUCAUCCCCCAGAAGACUGUACAUAACGAGUGGGUUGUACUUAUCGCUAGAUCGUAGUUCGUUUAACUUAUUUUUCACCAUAGACCUAAGUUUGUUUCGAUAUAAAAAUAAAAUAAAGGCACUUAAUUACCAAUCA